AUGUGACUUUCUCCUUCUUUACUUCUAAUAAUCAUCAGUAUCGUAACAAGAAUUUGUCUCGUGAUUUCUUCUCCUUCUUUAUUUAUUUCAUGGAUUGGGUUAGAACUCAAUACCUUAGCGUUCUUACCCCUCCUUUUAUCUAAAAAAUCUAAAUUGGCUAGAGAAGCCUCUAUUAAGUACUUUCUUACUCAGACUCUUGCUUCAGUUUUAAUCCUAGUAGGGGGAUUGUGGUUUCUAGCCCCGUGAGGGGGGCUGGCAACAUUAACCCUCCUGCUGGGGUUAAGAAUUAAGCUGGGGGCUGCCCCCUUCCACAGAUGGGUCCUCUCUAUCGCCGAGGCAAGAGGGUGGGUCCCUCUUUUUGCCCUGCUCACUAUUCAAAAAAUUAACCCCUUGCUAAUAUUAUGAAUAUUUUGCCAUUUAAGAAUGCCUUUUUUUUAUGUGGUGGUCUUAAGCUCUUUAAUCAUAGGGGGGUUAGCAGGCCUAACUCAGACGAGAGUUCGAUCAAUCUUAACUUUUUCCUCAAUCAAUCAUGUAGGCUGGUUGAUGACAGCCUUAAGAUUUAGUUUAAGAGUAGGGGCUUACUAUUUUCUUAUUUAUUUAACGACUCUUCUUUGUUCGAUCUUGAUUUUCCACAUAUUUAACGUGUCUCACAUUAAUCAACUACCUCUUUUGAGUUUUAAGCCCAGUAACCAGAUGCUAUUAUUUUUCGCCCUGCUAUCGUUGGGGGGGCUGCCACCCUUCUUAGGGUUUCUUCCAAAGUGAAUAAUCUUACAGCUAACUGUCUCUUACUCAUUGCUUUUAGUUGGGGGGGUUAUAAUUAGUAUAAGCUUAGUAGUCUUGUUCUUCUACUUACGACUAAUAUUUUCGGCAUUUAUGAUAGGGGGGGUGAACUUAACGACUUUAAGAAGAGACCCGCUCCCCUUUCCUGUUUACUUUGUUGCUCUCUUUUCAAUUACUGGGGGGGGGCUAUCCAUGAUCUACUUUCUUUAG